AUGUUUAUAUUAUCUGAAAUUGAAGAUUUAGUACGAAUACCUCCAAAUACAUUCAAUAUUCCAAUUCAACAUGCUAUAACAGAUGAAUUACAUAAGAAAUAUUCAAACAAGAUAAUAAAUAACUUGGGGUUGGUUGUUUCUAUCUGGGAUAUAUCUGAUAUUAAAGAUGGUUUAUUAAAACCUGGAGAUGGUGGAAGUUAUGUUGGUGUUACAUUUAGAGCUAUUGUUUUUAAACCUUUUAGAGGUGAAGUUCUAACUGGUUGGGUAACUGAAUGUAAUCCAAUGGGUAUAAAGAUUAGACUUGGGUUUUUUGAUGAUAUUUGGAUACCUAAAAAUUAUUUAUUUGAAGAAUGUGAAUUUAAAGAAGUUGAAAAAGCUUGGGUUUGGAAUAUGGAUGGUAAUGAAUUAUUUAUUGAUAUGAAUGAAAAAGUGAGAUUUAGGGUAGAGGAAGAAAAUUUUUAUAAUAUAAAGCCAAAGACAUCAAAUGAAGCCUUGGGAUUGGAGGAACCAAAAAAUAAAUUACCUGCUUAUUCAUUAAUCGCAUCUUGUCAAGAAUAUGGAAUGGGUUGUAUAUCGUGGUGGGAUUAG